UCUCGAUCAAGAUUGAUGAAUAUCGAUCGCUGAAAGCAUGUCCAACUGGGCCUUGCAUGGCGUCAAAUACUCGAUACUAUUGGCGUACAAAUAGCUCAUCUUGACCAGACAUCGGAGGCAUCACGAUUGUACCUCUAAGACCGCGAGGGACCUCUUAUCUCCGCCCGAGUGCCAUUCAUACGCAUGCUUAGCCUGAAAAUGUAACGCCUUUGAUUCGAACACCCACCUCUGCUUCCAUAUCUCGAUCAGGUUUGUAACAUUUUGAUCGAGAAGAUCCUCUCACAAUGUCCAGACAGCUCCUCGCAAUUUUUGGUGCUACGGGAAACCAGGGUUUCUCCAUCGCAAACUUUGUCCUCAAUGAUCGAGAACUCGCUCAGCGUUACAACGUGCGCGCUGUAUCUCGCGACAUCUCGAAUUCCAAGAUGCAGGAGCUCAAGUCCAAAGGCGCAGAGCUUGCCCAAGCAGACCUCAACGACCCAAAAACACUCCCAUCCGCCUUGAAAGAUGUCACGCACACUUUCUUCAUGACAACAACGCAGUACCAAGGCGGUACGCGCGAGAUCGAGACCCGUCAAGCGAAAGAUUUCUGUGCCGCGGCCAUGGAAGCGGGCGUCCAGUACAUAAUAUUCAGCUCUAUGUCGCACCCAUUCGAAAUCUCGGACGGGAAGCUCAAGAACGUGGAGCACUUUGACGUCAAAGCUGAGAUCGAAGAGUACAUCCGCAGUCUACCUAUCAAGGCCGCUUUCUUUGCCCCAGGAUCGUUCAUGCAAAACCUCCAGAACCACAUGAAACCACGGCCCUCGCCAGCAAACGACGGGACGUUUGUCCUAGCAAACUGCGGGCAUGGAUACACCGCACUGCCGUUGAUCGACAUCACAGAUACAGGUAGAUGGGUGGGCGCCAUCCUUGCAGAUCCCGACAAAUAUGAAGGCAAGUUCUUUGCCGCGGCGGAGGGCUUGUACACGAUGGACGAGACGGCUGCGAUCGUCAGUAAGGUUACGGGGAAAACGGUCAGACAUCAUCAGUUGCCGGAUGAGGUGUUUAGAGGGUUCAUGCCUGGGCCUCUGGGAGACGCGCUAUUCGAGAUGCACGUAUUCAUGAGGGAUUAUGGAUACUAUGGCAAGAGCAUGAAGGAAGAUGUUGAUUGGGCAAGGAAACAGUCAAAAGGUGAAUUGAGGGGGUUGGAGAAGUUCUUGCGGGCGCAAGAAUAUUCGUUGGAGUGAUUUGAUG